CGAAAAAUCGAGUCAGCUGGAACCUUUCACUUGAGUUGUAAACUUUAAUUUUUUGCUUAAUAUUUGCAAUGCUAAGGCGGCCGAAAUAAACAUACAAGUCGAAAUGGAAAUAGACAGAUCACUUAGCGUGGACACCAAUUCCACCUGCGAGUUCCUGGACGCGGAGGGCGAUUCGGAAAAUAACGAUUCGGAAGCCAACUUCUAUCAGGAGGCGGAUCACGACCAAGAGGCGGAACUGCAGAAUCAUAGUAUUAUUUCCGAAUUACGUACUGGUCUGGAUGCGCAAAAUAGUACAGCUCUAAGCCCGGAGCCGGGGCAAUCGAAGCAGUUGGCCGCCAGUUCCGAAUCGUUGGCUUUGAGCACCUCGACCAGCGCCAAGACCGAGGAUUCCAACAGUGCCCUGGACGAUGACCACGACUACCUACAUGACAGUGUGUGGCGAGGACAAAAAAAACACAUUUUUAUCCUUAGUGAGGCCGGAAAGCCCAUAUUUUCGUUGCACGGAAAGGAGGACAAGUUAGCGGCACUGUUCGGAGUGAUCCAGGCCCUGGUUAGUUUCGUCCAGCUUAGUCAGGAUGCAAUUACGUCCAUUCAUGCUGGUGGCGUCAAGAUCGCCUUCAUGCAUCGCGGUUCGCUUAUUCUGGUUGCUGCUAGUAGAAGCAACAUGAGUUUGCAGCAGCUUCAACUCCAAUUGAGUGAUGUGUACAAUCAAAUACUUUCCAUUCUGACAUACUCAGAAAUGACAAAGAAUUUUGAGAAGCGAAAGAACUUGGAUUUGAGGAGACUGCUCUAUGGGAGUGAACGUUUGUUCUACAAUCUACUGGCAAAUGAUGGCUGUAGUACCAAAGUUUCGAACAACGUCUUUACAUUUCUGACCAAUUCCAUACGCGUCUUCCCAUUGCCGACAUCGGUACGGUCGCAAAUCACCAGCAGCAUUCAGAGUAUUUGCUCAAAAAUCAAUAAUCUGGUCUUUGCUGUACUAAUAGCUAAUAACAAACUGAUUUCUCUGGUGCGACUGAAGAAUCAGUUGAUUCAUCCAGCCGAUCUGAGGCUGAUUUUCAACCUAGUGGAGUGCUCCGAGUCGUUCAAGAGCUCAGAGAACUGGUCCCCCAUCUGUCUUCCUAGGUUUGACAAGAAGGGCUUUCUGCACGCGUAUGUCUCCUAUCUGGCGGAUGAUUGCCAGGCAUGUUUGCUAUUGCUGUCCAUCGAUCGGAAUGGUUUCUUUGAGCUCAAAGAUGCCAAAGUUAAGAUCACGGAAAAGCUGAAAAAGAACCACUGUCUGGAGGCUGUUAAUGAGGAACUCAAGCAACCCUUCAACGUGAAACUGUAUCAGCAGGUUGUGGGAAUCCCUGAGUUGCGGCAUUUCUUGUACAAGCCGAAAAGCACGGCUCAGCUACUGUGUCCCAUGCUGAGGCAUCCAUACAAAUCCCUGGCGGAGUUGGACCGCCUGGAGGCCAUUUACUGUGAUUUGCUACAUCGCAUUCACAACAGCGUCCGGCCCCUGAAGCUCAUCUACGAGGUUAAGGAAAGCGAAGUGGUGCUAGCCUGGGCCACCGGCACCUACGAACUCUACGCAGUUUUCGAACCGGUCGUCGACAAGGCAACGGUGAUAAAAUACGUUGAUAAGCUGAUCAAGUGGAUCGAAAAGGAUUACGAUGUUUACUUUAUAAGGAAUCACGCCACUUUCUGAUCCGUCACGGGCGGCAUUUGUAGGGAACUGUGAGAUAUAUGACUAUUUUUAUAUUAUACUUCUGCCAACGAAACUGUUAACCCCAAUUGAGGACAAAGCUGUUGUUGUGUUGCAGUUGUGACGGCUUAUAUUUAACUGAUCCUUGUAUACCAUAAAUACGCAUGUAAAUUUGUAUUUAAGCCUCUAAGUAAAUUCU